UUUGCUGGUCCUACCCUUUUCAAACGCCAGCGUUUUCAGCCAGCUCAAAUUGAUUAAAUCGGACCAUAGAAAUAGGCUUGCCACGGAAACAAUAUCAGCUUUGAUAGCUACCAAAGCAAAUAUUCCAAAUGCCAUGACAUUUUAGCCAACAAAGCUGAUGCUGAAAACUAGAAUAAAAUAUAAAAAGGAUGGGGAAAGCGAAGAAGGUACUAACUGAUGACUAAUUUAUUGAUUUUUACUUUGUACGUAAUAAUAAGAAAGCCAUGUGAUCUGUAAGAAAGGUCCUCGUGAUCUAUAAUUUUUGUUUAUUUGUGAAUCUAUUGUCUUUAAUUACAGGUGUUCAGAAAAAGUAAUUUUUAUACUUAAUAGCAACUUAAAUAUGGAGAAGAAACUUUUAAAUGCCUACCCAUAAAUACGUAAGUAUUUUUUUAUGCUUUUGGACAUCUAAAAUGUAAAAGGUUACUUUUCCUGUAAAAAGGUUACUUUUUUGCACACCACAGGUAACUUUUGACAAGACCUCGCUGGCAACACUGAAUAUACAUAAGUUACAAUGGUCAAUGUCAAACAAACGUGAAACAAACUGUUAUGCCAUAAAGUAACUUAUAUUGUGUUAUGCUAUGCCGUUAAGUGUUGUGUGCGUGUGCGAGUGUCAUUGUUAUUUAUAAAUAUUUUAUUAAUUAUUGUUUAAUUUGUGAUGUUAGUUAGUUUGGUAUUACUAUCUAGUUGCGAUUCACUGUGAUUAUUUUUUUAUAUUAUUUAAUAUAAAGCAUAUUCUUUAAGUUGAUUUAAUUUAUAUGUAUUGAUGAACUCGUGGAAGAAUUUGUUUAGUGAUUUACUAAACUGAACAUUAGCAAGAGAAUAGGCACCCAGAAUAAAAUUAUUUCUGUCCGACGAAAUACUGAACCGGCAUCUGAACCCCCAAAAAGAAAAAUACCGUUAAUUAGUUUCCUGUGAAUUAGAGAAUAAAUUUUAUCACUGCUUCAAAACAAACAUGCUAUUUGCAAAAUACCGUAUUUCAUGAGAUCAAGAUUUUAAAUAUAAAUCUACAUAUAUAAUCUACUUUUAUAAAAAGCUUAUCAUAAUUAUUCAGACAACUUUAAUAAAGAUCAAGUGAUUUGAUAAUGGAUAAUGAAUUCGUUGAUAUAUCAACAAGUUUUAAGCUUCAGUUAGGUUAUGGAAUUGGGCAUAUAUUAAAUGAUGUGUGCGCUAGCUUGUGGUUCACAUAUUUCUUAGUUUAUUUCCAUUUAGUCCUUGAAUUUAGUGCUUCACAAGCUGGUUACUUGAUGCUUAUAGGUCAAGUAGUUGAUGCUAUAUCCACACCAUUUGUUGGCUUCCAUUCAGAUCAUACAGAUAAUUCUAUAAGUGCUAGAUAUGGCAAACGAAAGUUGUGGCAUUUAUUUGGAACUGCUUGUGUAUUGGGCUCAUUUCCAUUUAUUUUCACCGAGUGUAUCGGUUGUUCGAUGACACAUAAGUGGGCUCAGAUGUUUUAUUAUGCCGCCUUUAUUUUAAUAUUUCAAAUUGGAUGGGCAUCUGUUCAAAUAUCUCACCUGAGUCUCAUACCUGAACUAUCUGAAGAUGACCACACUAGGAGUCAUUUAACAGCUGUGAGGUUUGGAUUCACAGUAUUUUCAAACUUAUUUGUGUAUAUAAUGACAUGGAUUGUAUUACGUAUUACAGGAGAAUGUGAUAAGCAGCAAAUCGGCCCAGAAGACGCUUGGAAGUUCAGACAUAUUGUCUACGUGGUGAUGAGCGUAGGACUUUUGGCUACCAUAUUUUUCCAUUUCUCAGUUAAAGAAAAGUAUUCCUACAGACGUCAAGACGUAUUGAUAGACGAUGGUUAUAAUGAUGAUACAAAUCACCACAAUGUCUUCCUUCGCAAGCCGCUAUUAUAUCAGAUUGCUGGCGUUUACAUGAGCACAAGAUUAGUAGUAAAUGUAUCUCAAGUGUUAAUCCCUCUUUACCUUCAUCGGACAUUGGGAUUAGCUGCGCGCUCUCUAGCCGUCGUACCUCUAACUGUUUAUCUCGGGAGCUUAGCAGCCGCUGGUGUAUUGAGGGUUGUUCCGAGAUCAUUCACAAGGAAACUAAAUUAUUUGGUGGGAUCAGGAUGUGCUCUAGCCGGUUUUUUGUGGAUAUACAUGGAAUCGGACGACAUCUACAAAGUAUAUUUUAUUUAUAUAGUCGCAGUAUUAAUAGGUUUUGGUGGUGCUGUAAUGUUGGUUACCAGCCUCGCACUUACUGCAGAUCUGAUUGGAUCAACUACAGGAGUAUCUGCCUUCGUCUACGGCAUAAUGAGUUUUACAGAUAAACUGUCAUGUGGUAUCGCAAUAUCUGUCAUACAAAAAUAUGCGGAUGAAGCAGAUUCGGAUUAUUAUAAGGACGUAUUAUCGUGGGUGUGCGGCGGAGCCACGCUUGUCGGUCUCGCUCUAACUGUGUUUUUGCCUAAAUUUGCUCCUGCCAGUGAAUCCUUAUCAAAUGAUCCAUCGAUAAACGCGACGGGAGAACCUACAUCUGUCUCAACACCAGAAAUUUUAUGA